AGCUUGCGUGCUACUUCCUCGUUAGUGAGAGUGAGUGUUGAGGGCAAAAAGCGUCCAGAAGUUUUUCCACUCCGGAGUCUGGAACAGAUCUCUCUCCAUUUACUCCUCAAGGACGGCGGAUUCUGACGAGCCUCUCCAGCUACUGAACGCAGACCUCGUUUAAGAAAAAAAGGGGGAAUACCGGACCAUGGCAGGCGGUUUGGAGGAGAAGCAGCCCCUCGUCGCGGCGGUCGCCUGCUAAAGUUAGCGGCUGUGGCUAGCGGGCUGUCCGGAUUAGGAUGAGCCGGCACCUCCGAGCUUCGGAUUUAGCGUUUUAGUCCGCUUAAAGGACUCGUUUCGACGGAUAUUUGUUCGCAAAGCGCCGAUGCGGUGGGUUUCGUGCGGCUGGGACGAGGCUAGAGUCGUCGCCGGGAGGAACCAGGACUACCUUUAGCUAGCAGCUCUGGCUAGCUAGCUGCGUGUAGCUGCCAGCCGAGUUCGCUUCAAAUGUUUUGCUUUGUUUACCGGGGAACCGGGCAGUCAGUACAGGCACACGUCCACCACCUCCUCCUCCUCCUGCUCCUACAUCCCCUUUUAAAUGCCUAACCCGGAGAUUUCCCACGAUGGCCGGGGAGGCAGGAGCCCCCUGAGCCAGCGGCGACAGGAGAGGCGCAGCAAGGCGGCGAGCGCGUCGGCUAACUCGAGUCAGCGGGAGCGGCACCGAGACAAGCGGCGCUCGGCGUCUUCAUCCCGCCGGCGAAAAAGGCACAAGCGCGGCAGGGAGCGGGAGCAGUGGCCCGCGGCGGAGAGCGCGGAUAACGAGAGGCGGGGGCUAUUCGACAGGGACGGCGACGAGCUUCACGGACUGGUGGAGUACGACGACGUGAGCUCUCAGUCCGAACGCUUCUCUGGGAGCCCGUCGCCCAGGGCUGACCGGCUAAGCGAAGCUGAACUCCAGGAGAGCAGCGGGGCGAACUUCACCGGCGCUUCUUCGCCAGAGAAGGAGCGGAGGUCGCGGAGGGAAGGCGAGGCAUCGCGUCAGGCAAAGCGGGACGAGCGAGGCGCUUCGGCCGAGAGGGGCAGAGUCGGCGGGGGAGAGCGGGAGGGCAAAAAGAAGGAGCGCUCCAGUCGCGACAGGGACCCGUCGGCCAAAGCACGCGGCGUGAGCGGCGCCAAAGCCACCCGUGACGGUCUGAGGAACCACGACAGCAACGGUCGAAAGUCAUCAGCGGAUAAGCGGGACUCCAAGCGGCGCAAGAGCAGGAGCAAGUCGGACAAGAAGGAGCCGCCAUCCGCGUACAGGGAAACCCCGCAGGCGUACAGGGACGAGCGUGAGGAGCUGCGGGCCUACAGGAGGAGCCCGGGCUUCAAAGCCGACAGCCCUUACGGAGCUUCCUACUCGUACGGGGGCGGCUAUCAGUCUCCCGCCUACAACCAGCUCAUAUCGAGGCGAAGCCCCAGUUACGGGAGCAAGAGGCAGUCGCCCAACACGACCUACUACGGCCGGGACACGGAGCUGUACGGCGCCUACGGGGCCCCCAAGUCGCCCGUCUCGCACUCAGCCGCCAAGAGGAAGCGCUCGCCGGCCAGCCCCUACGCGUGGCGCCGCUCCCCGAGCUACGGGCGCCCCAGUCCGGCCUACGAGCAGUGGGAGAGUGCCUCCAGUCCGUACGGGCGGAGGAGGUCACGGAGUCCUUUCCGCAAGUCUCUGAGUCCGAGUCCAGAGUUGAGGCGGCCAGGGAAAUCACGGAGCCGUAGUCCGUACACGUCUUCGCGUCACUCGCGCUCCCGGAGUCGUCACCGCCACUCUCGCUCACGCAGCCGGCCAUCCAGCCUUUCCCCCAGCACACUCACCUUCAAGAGCAGUCUGGCUGCUGAGCUCAGCAAGCAGAAGAAAGCCAAGGCUGCAGAGGCCGCUCGCAUCAAAAGCUCCAGCAAUGCCUCCACACCUACCAAAGGCUCCUCUUCUUCCUCCAGUGCCCCUCAGCCCAGCCCCAUCACCAACCAUGCAGUCAAGAAGACACGACCCCCUUCCCCGCCACCGGUGUCGGAGAGAGGUCCUAGAACCCCUGUGUCCAGCCAGCCUCAGUCCCCUGUCGACCGGCCAGCCAAGAGCAGCUCAGAGGCCCCUCUGCCUGGCAAGGAGGGCAGGAUAAAAGAGGACAAGAGGAAAGGCCAGUCCUCUCAGGGGAAGGAGAAGGAGAGAACAGCAGCCUCAGUGUCAUCCUUGCCUCUGCCCCCCACCCUCCUAGACCACAUUGAUGGAGCUGAUAGCUUGAAGGACUCCUUAUCAACACACUCAGGGAAGAAGAAACCAGAAAAGAAAACUCGCCACCUGCUCACUGACCUUCCUCUCCCUCCUGAACCUCCGGGCAGUACUCUUGGGUCACCUCAUAGUCCACCAGAGGAGAAAAAGACCCCCACUUUACGUAGGAGACCCAAAAUAUGUGGGCCACGCUUUGGAGAGAUUAAGGAGACAGAGAUAGACUGGGGCAAGAGAUGCGUUGACAAGUUUGAAAUCAUUGGGAUCACUGGGGAAGGUACCUAUGGACAGGUGUACAAAGCCAAGGAUAAGGACACUGCUGAGAUGGUGGCCCUGAAGAAAGUCAGAUUAGACAAUGAGAAAGAAGGAUUCCCCAUCACAGCUAUCAGGGAGAUCAAGAUCCUGCGGCAGCUCAAUCACAAGAGCAUUAUUAAUAUGAAGGAGAUUGUCACAGACAAAGAAGAUGCCCUGGACUUCAAGAAUGAUAAAGGGGCAUUUUACUUGGUGUUUGAGUACAUGGACCACGACCUGAUGGGGCUUUUGGAAUCUGGCCUGGUCCAUUUCAACGAGAGUCACAUCAAAUCCUUCAUGAGGCAGUUGCUGGAGGGCCUGGAUUACUGCCACAAGAAGAACUUCCUGCACAGAGACAUAAAGUGCUCUAACAUUCUGCUCAAUAACAAGGGCCAGAUAAAGCUGGCAGAUUUUGGUUUGGCUAGACUCUACAACUCGGAGGAAAGCCGACCCUACACCAAUAAAGUGAUCACUCUGUGGUACCGUCCGCCGGAGCUGCUUCUUGGGGAAGAACGGUACACACCUGCCAUUGAUGUGUGGAGCUGCGGGUGCAUUCUUGGUGAACUCUUCACUAAGAAACCAAUUUUUCAGGCCAACCAGGAGCUAGCACAGUUGGAGUUGAUUAGUCGUAUCUGUGGCAGCCCUUGUCCUGCUGUGUGGCCAGAUGUGAUCAAACUGCCAUACUUCAACACCAUGAAACCAAAGAAACAGUACAGGCGCAGGCUACGCGAAGAGUUUGCUUUUAUUCCUCUGACAGCGCUGGACCUUUUUGACCACAUGCUGGCUCUGGACCCCAGCAAGCGUUGUACAGCAGAACAAGCUCUCAACAGCGACUUCCUGAAAGAUGUCGACCCAGCCAAGAUGCCCCCACCAGAUCUCCCUCUUUGGCAGGAUUGUCAUGAGUUGUGGAGCAAAAAGCGUCGGAGGCAGAAGCAGAUGCCAGAGGAACUGGCUGUUCCUAAAGCUCCACGGAAAGAGCUGGGGCUGGACGACAGCCGCAGUAACACGCCUCAGGGUUUCCCUGCUGCUGUGGGCCACAAAGGUCCCAGUGCUGCCGCUGCUGUCAUGCUGGACCCAAAAGGUCCAAACUCGCAACUGACCCAGGAACAGUUGGCUGUGCUUCUGAACUUGCUCCAGUCCAAGAGUGCCCCUGCGGGCUCUGCACAGCUGUCCCAGGCCAUGGGCCUCAAGAUGAACCCAGAAACUCUGCAGCAGCUCACCAAGGCCCUGCUCCCUGGGCCUGUAGAGCUGGACAGGCCUCCAGAGCCUUCUGUCCCUCCCAUCUCCCAGUCUAAGGCCCCUAAACCACCCCAGCCUCCUCUGAUGGUGGGUGGUGCACCUCGAACCCCACCCAUACCCAAGCCUCCAUCACCUCCAACCCCUCAGCAGCAGGGCAAGCCUGAUGGAGAGGCCACGGCUGCAGUCACGCAAACCGCUGUCACUAUGCUGCUUGCUCAGCUUCUCAAGGUUCAGCAGAGUGCAGAAGUCCUUGGGCCUGAAGGACCAGAUGGAACAGUUUCUGCAAUGCUUGGAGGGGCUGCUGCUUCCCUACUCUCUGCGGAGAUUAAACAGCCCAGCCCUGUCUCACCAGUCACAGACGGGAGUGGACUAUCUUCCAGAGCCCUGGAGCCGCUGUCCAUCUUGCCUCCUGACCAGAGGCCUCCCGAGCCUCCAGAGCCCCCUCCAUGUGCGGACCUGGACUACCGACAAGCCCCUGAAACCAAGCAAAGUCUCUCCUCCUCCACAGGAGCAGGAGAUGUACCGCGACCACCUGAGCCUGAUUAUCCUCCCCCACCAAGAGGUGCGGAGGGACCUGGGUAUGGGGCGGACUAUCCCCGGCCACCUCCCCCACCCUUUCCCUCCACAGGCUUUGGAGACAGCUACCUCAGCCAUAUGAUGGGAGCAGGAAUGACUUCCCAUGCCCUGAGGGAGGCUUUCAGUGGCAGCGCGAAUGUGCCCACCUCAGCCUCUGUUCCCUCAGAGCCCUUUGCUCAUGGAGGACCAGCAGGUGUUGGGAGUACUGGUGGGGGUUCUGGGGGAGGCAGUAGCAGUAUGGUUUUUAGUGGAGACAAGGACCAUCGCUUUGAAUACAAUCAUAGCCCUAUACCUGUGGAGGGCACCUCCCAUUCCACCAGCAUACAUCUCUACAACCCUGCUAUUGGCCAAAAGGAUGGAGGACCGCCGCCCCCUUCCAUACCUCCACCUCCUCCAGGCCAAGCCUGGAGCUCGCCCUCCCAGCCUGGGGCCCCGCCCCUCCCACUUGGGUAUGUCCCCCAUUUGAACACUGCAGCACUAAGGGGCAGGGGUCUCCCUUACUGACAGGCAUCUAAGCCGAGGAGGAAUAACAUAGUACCAGACUCACGCCUCAGAAAAGGAAGACUCUAAAAGACAAAAGCAGUUGCUGCCUCCCAGGCCAGCACUGAGUGCACUACAGAGGCACACUUAAUUUGUAAUAAUUCUAGUGAUGGAUACACGGGGGGAGGGGGGCACUCCAGUGGAAGAAUGUGGCUAGAGUUACGACUGGAGGGAUGAGUUGAGGGGAAAGGGUUUUCCUCUCAGACAUUUUUAAUUAUUUACCCCCUCUCUUUGAUUUGGUAAUCUAUCCUACUGCUGUCUUUUAAAUUAAAUUGUACCUUUUUGAGUGUGCAUUUACCGUCCACGGUAAGUGUUUUUAUUCUCUGUACCUUAGUGUCUCCUUGAAUUACAUAAGGACAGACUAGUAUUACAACGUUUUGCACUACUGAGUAAAGUAGGCAGAAACAAAAAGGUAUGAAAUGAAUGAUGUGCUGUAUCUGCACAAGAUGGAAUGACCAGUAAUGUAGUUUUUUUUCUCUCUUCUUAAUUUUAAUUUUUUUUUUUUCCAAAUGACUCAACUUCACUGGAGGGGCUUUUAAAAAAAGGACUCCAGAAAGAUUGGCAGCACUUGAGUGACAAGUCCUCCUUUAGAUUGGUUUGUCUGCUGAACAACUGAAUGGAACAAAGCUGUAUUUUCUCACCAGUUCCACCAGCCGUUGUCUAUAGCCAUUGUAAAAUGAGACAAAAACAAAGACAUUUAAUCCAGUUUCAAAAAGGAAAGGAA